AUGAAGGCCCAAGAAGCAGUCAUCCUGUUCACCAUUGCCCUGGCUGGUAUCGUAAACGGCCACGUAACCGCGAAUCCAAACGUUGGCAUACCUGCAACCUCCUUAAUCACUGCCUUUCGAGUUCCCCACGGAUGCGGAACCAACGGCACCGUCUCUAUCAGUGUAUCCAUCGCGGAUGGCGUCACUAGUGUCAAGCCUCGUCAGCUUGCAGGAUGGAACAUUACUCUAGACUAUCGCCCGUUAGUUCCUCCUGUCGUUAGUGAAGGAGUAACAGUAAACACGACUGUCUCGGCAGUCACAUUCACAACAACCGGUGUCCCAUUGGAUGUCAUUUAUUUUGAAGAUUUUCAAAUCCAAAUGAAGCUUCCUGCUGCCAAUGACUCAACCAUUCUGUACUUUCCGACCAUCCAAGCUUGUACCGUUGGCUUUAAUAACUGGACUCAGAUUCCGGUCACUGGACAACCAACUCCAUCGACUCCAGCGCCCAGCAUUACUCUAAAGACUAACGGGACUCUCGCCUUAGCAGCUUCAUCAUCAGUAAAAUCGAGUGCAAAUGUUCAAAAGUUUCCUGCAAUUAUGGCUGUUUUGAUUGUUGCAUUGAUGGUCGCUUUCAACGCAUAG